AUGGUCCAUCUUAUCUGCGUGUGCUGCUUCCUGAUAUCCUAUGCUGGUCCGGUCAUCGCCAUCCUGAACAUCAGUUUUGUGUUCAUUGGACGCAUAGCACCGGCGACGACAUACGGAACACUACCGUUUAUCGGUCCCGCGAUGUCCAUUGGCAUAGAAUAUGUCCAGCAGAAAUACGCCGGUACCCUGCACUGUACGCUGGAUUUUUUGUAUGCGCCACUGCGUCCUGGCUACCCACCACCCGAAUUAGCCGAUACCGCUGUACAAUUAGCAGCAGAAUGGCACUACACCAAGAGGAAGGAAGGGGACAUCACGAUUUACAUCAUUUCCGGCGUGGUGGAAGCCGUAGAAAUCCCACAUUUUAUGAGGCAGUGGAACACCCUAUGGAUUUCAACGCUAUCGGUCACCCCGCAGAUCACUGACCGCGUGAUGAAUCCCGCAUGGAUCGCCGUCAACGAUUUCUCCACUACCCAGUGUGCGCGCCUGUACAUCGAGAUACUAACGAAGUAUCGCUGGACCACGGUGUACGUGAUUAUUGACCCGGGAGAUCCCAGCGUCUUCAUGUCGAUCGCAGCGGUGCUGCUGAAGGAGCUAGGGAAACAGUCGAGUAUCCGCUAUAUUGUGCAGCGGAUAAAAACAAAAGGCGGCGGUUCCGGUGUAGCUUACGGGGCCUUUGAGUCGGUAUUAAAGGACGUUGCUGUAGUUAGUCGAGUUGUUAUAUUCUUCGGCCACGCCUUCUUUCUACGGGAACUUCUGAUUACAGCAGAGAGAAUGGGCAUGACCGAUGGGGAAUACGUGUACAUGGCUCUGGAAACCAUGCAUAAUAAACCGGUCCUGGGUGAUUUCAACUGGCAGCACAACGACGAAAAUGACCAGAUCGUCUUUCGGGCGUACCAAUCGCUGCUGCUCGUCCAGCCAAAAUACAUCGACGUACCACCCAACCUGCAGCUGGGUACGGAGCUUAUUCGCCGCUCCGCACGGGAUUAUAAUCUUACCUACAAUAUCUCAGAUCAGAACUUUCCGAACCUUGUUAGCAGCUACUGGGCAGUUGUGGCUACCACGUCGCUCAUCAAUGAAUCGCUUUCCCGAGCGGAUGAUAUGGAUUAUCAGGAUGGAAAAGCAUUAGCGCGGCUCUUCCCCAAUCACACCUACACUGAUGAAUACGGUAGUCUCUACGUAGACAGCACGGGACAACGACGUACGGAUCUUGCCGUUACUUACUUUACGUCAUCGGGCAUUCGUACAACGCUGCUAACGAAGGCGGGCGUACAGGACACUCUGAACGAGGUAGCGCAUUUAACGGAAUGGGCCAGUGCGCGUACAGCAUUUCCACCACCAAACGAACCGGUGUGCGGAUAUUUGAAGAACAAAUGUUUGAAGAGUAACGAAUCGUUGUGGAUCAUCGUUUCUACUUGUCUGGGAAUAGCGGUCGUUGGUGGAACCUUCGGUGUAUUUUAUUGGCGGUAUAAUAAGCAGAAAGAAGCCGAAAGACUAUUGCACGAUCCGUGGUGGCAGCUGCAUCUGGACGAUGUAAAAGCAACAUCCUACUUUCGCUCCAACGCUUCGUCGCUAUUUACGGGCCAACUGCACACUGAGUCUGAUUCGGAUUCUUUUAAAGCGCUGCGGCGUAUCGAACACCAGAAUAUCGGGCAAUUUUAUGGACUAAGCAUUGGGAGACGCGGUGCUGGCCGGUGUGACGUAUUCGUGGUGUUCGCCUGUCCACCACGUGGCAGCCUGCCUCAGGUGUGCUGCAGCGCCAUCGGCAAGGAUUUCACGUUCACCAGCUCCUUCGUUAUGGACUUCCUUGAGGUAUUGAUCGGCGCCGAGAAGCCUUAUUCCUUCAUUUAG